GCGGCCUUCAUCGCGGGUGCAACUACAUACCACAUCUACGUGGUGCAGGUGCUCUAUGAUGUGUUCUAGGAGAGCGAAGUUUGGGCUUGGUUCGGCCUGGCAGGCCUACAAUAUUGUAUGGGGAGGGUGCGGGAGACGGGAACCGCUCAGCUGGCUCUGCAGAUGAGCCCGAUUAAGGCAACUGGUUGCCCAAUCGGCAACCUCGUAUCCUCCAGACCGCCCGAUGAGAGGCCUUAUCUACUCAGUUCUGACCACGGGGAUCUCAUCCAGUUCAUCAUCAUCAAUCAAGCUAUCCCAUCGCUGCAGCCAAGCUUCACUGGCCCGUUUUUGUGCUACUCACCCUCAACAGGCGCGACCCGCAGUCUAAAAGAAGUACGCUUGAUUAUGAUGGGUUCCUCCACUGCAAAGUAUUACCAAGCUAUAUAUGUUCGCGCUGAGUUACAAUUUGUAGAGCCCGACCAGGUCGUCUGCGUCAAUUGCGGUGGAACUCACUCCAUGCAAUAUUACGAACGGUCACAGCCUCACAAAGCUAUCUGCGCAUACUGUUCAAGCUCUCUCGCCUCUUCUGUUCUCGAGAUCGUGACUGCAUGCCUCAAAUGCGGAGCGGCUCAUUAUCUACAGCCACGCGAACGAACAGAUCCUCGUAAGAGUCUACGCCGGUCCUGUGGAAACCACCUCCCGCGAUCCAUAGAGCUGCACUAUGUGAGAUGUCUCAACUGCGACGAGCUUCCCUACGUGCCCUUGUACGAACGACGACAGCCUCACCUGGCUGUUUGCGCAUCCUAAAUCUGCGUAGCGUUCAAGGUACCAAUUGCAAGAAUACUCAUUACUUUUCUGGGUAUGAACAAGCACAACCUCACAAAGCCAAUUGCGGAUACUGUGGACAAUCUCUCUCGCGCUCUGUGGAGGAGGCUCUGAUUGGGGUUGGGUCAGCGAUUGAUGGUGCUUUGUGAACAGGGAGGUAGCGAAUAUAUUGGGCUUUUCUUCAAAGAUUGCGGCCAUUCUUAUUGCCCCUUCCACGACCAACUAGAUAGAAAGAAGGUCGCAAGCAAUAUGGGUGCAAUCGCCAUACUUCGAAAGAUAAA